AUGGUGUACGCAAAGGCAUCGAUAGCUUACGUGGCCAUUCUGCUGGCUCUGGGCGUGUCUCGAUCAGAGGCUUUCGUCCCGUCGACGGCUGGUGCGGCAAGCUUGGCCAAGGACAGCAGGCGUGCGACAGCAUGGAGCAGCGCUCGAGCAGGAGCAGCAGCGGUAGGCCUAGAGCAGCAUUGUAGGCGCAGGAGGGGGGCUGGCUGCGGAAGGUCUCGACCUUGCAUGUCGUCGAGCGAUGAGCACGACAUUCUUCUGCGGGUGGCGAAGGGCGAGAAGGCGGAACGUGCUCCCGUUUGGCUCAUGCGGCAGGCCGGCCGAUACAUGAGCGCGUUCCGCAAGUACUCCGACAAGUACCCCUUCCGGCACCGCUCGGAGAACCCCGGAGAUCGCGAUCGAGGCACCGGGCCGGUGAUCUCGAACCCCAUCAGGACCAAGGCCGACGUGGAGGCGGUGAGGGUGAUGGAGGACAUCGACGGGAAGCUGCCGUUCGUGGGGGAGACGCUCAAGGCGCUUCGAUCGGAGACAGAGGGCAAGUCGACCCUCAUCGGAUUCGUGGGGGCUCCGUGGACCCUGGCGGCCUACUCCAUCGAGGGGGGCAGCAGCAAGCACGCACUCCACACCAAGAAGAUGAUGAUGGAGGACCCGACUUUGUUCCACUCGCUCAUGACUAAGCUCGCGAACAGCAUCGGCGACUACGCCUGUUACCAGGUGGAGAACGGAGCGCAGGUGAUCCAGGUCUUUGAGUCCUGGGCGCACCAGAUGAUCCCGUCACAGUUCGAGACUUUCGCCAAGCCGUACGCCGACCUGGCCAUGUCUAUUCUUAAGCAGCGACACCCGGAUGUGCCUGUGAUCUACUUCGCCAACGGCGGCAGCAGCUACCUCGAGAGCCAGCGAGACACCCAGGCGGAUAUGAUCAGCCUUGACCAGUUCGUCAACAUGCGGUCCGCCCGGGAGCGCCUUGGCGCCAGCGUCCCGGUGUCCGGCAACGUCGAUCCCCUCGUCCUCCUGGGCCCAACGAGCGGCAUCAAGGAGGCCGUGAGGUCUUGCGUGAGGGAUGCCGGGUCUAGCGGCCACAUUCUCAAUCUCGGGCAUGGAGUUUUGCAGACGACCCCGGAAAGCUCGGUGGCGGCGUUGGUAGACUCGGCGAAGGAGGCCACUUACGCUUCGGUGUUGGAUAGGGAGGAGGCGCCUGCGCCGGUAGCGUGA